AUGCUGGAUGAGAGACAUCCCGAUCUCCCCAAGCCUGCAAGCGAUCCCAACACGUACACACUUGGCUCUAUUGGUAAGCACAAUAUUGUUAUAGCCUGCCUCCCUAAGGGCCAAAUUGGAAAUAAUCAAUCGGCAACUGUUGCUUCUCGAAUGAUCUCCACUUUUCCAUCCAUCAAGUUCGGAUUGAUGGUCGGCAUUGGGGGCGGUAUUCCGCCUAAAGUCAGGCUUGGCGAUGUGGUUGUCAGUACGCCAGUCGGCCAGUUUCCUGGCGUGGUGCAAUGGGACCUUGGUAAAACAAAAGAGGGGAGAUUUGAGCGGACUGGGUCAUUGAACAAUCCUCCGACUUCGCUGUUAACGGCCCUGACAAAAUUGGAGACGGAUCACGAAUUGACCGGAUCAAAGAUACCAGAGUAUCUAGAUCAGCUGAAAGAGAAAUGGCCGAGACUGGCAAACAAGUAUUUGAGGUCUGAUUCGCUUGAGGAUGUCCUGUUCAAAGCAACUUAUAGCCAUGUCGCGGGUCGCGAUGUUCCUCUUGAUGGGCAUGAAGAUGAGGAAGACGACGAGGAAGAAGAAAGCUGUUCAUUUUGCGAUAGAGCCGAGACUGUAAAGAGGAAGCCAAGAGAGAUGCGGGUGCAUUUUGGUCUUAUCGCAUCUGGUAACCAAGUGAUCAAGGAUGCCGUAUUCCGAGAUAAACUGAAAAGAGAUCUUGGUGGUCAUAUCCUCUGUGUCGAAAAGGAAGCGGCAGGCCUGAUGAACAACUUCCCAUGUCUUGUGAUCAGAGGGGUCUGCGAUUAUGCAGACUCGCACAAGAACAAAGAUUGGCAAGAGCAUGCAGCGGCAGCGGCAGCGGGAUUUGCGAAGGAGCUUCUUGAAUAUGUACAACCGAGUGAUGUUGAUGCAGAGCGCCCAGUGAAGGAUAUUUUAAGCAAAGUCCUUGAUAAUAUGGAUAGAAUUGGGGACGAUGUUGAAACAGUGAGGUCCAGAUUGGAUAAAAGAGAAGACCUGAGGGUGCUUAAUUGGCUCACUCCUAUCGAAUAUGGCCCCCAACAAAGUGAUUUUCUCAAAAGGCGACAACCUGGAACUUGUCAGUGGCUAUUAGACUCCAAGAAGUAUCAGACAUGGCUGAGUUUGGACAAACAAACGUUAUUCUGUCCCGGAAUCCCCGGAGCAGGAAAGACCAUCCAGACUGCAGCGGUCAUCGAUCACCUAACUACACGGUUUCACUCCGACCGAUCUGUUGGGAUUGCGUAUGUUUUCUGCAGUUUUCGUCGACAAACUGAGCAAAGGCUCGACGACUUGGUCGCAAGUCUCUUGAAGCAACUGAGUCAACACCAGCCCUCGCUGCCAGAUAGCCUGGGUGAUCUCUACAAUAAGCAUAUAUACCGGCGGACGCGGCCAUCUUUUGACGAGUUAUCGAAGGCUCUCUGCUCAGCGGCGACGUUUUAUUCAAGGGUAUUUAUUCUUAUCGAUGCGCUUGACGAGUGUCAAGCGUCUGAUGAAUGCCGCUCUAGAUUCAUUUCGGAGAUCUUCACCCUCCAGGCCAACUGCGGAGCGAACAUUUUUGCAACAUCAAGAUUUAUUCCGGAGAUCACCGCCAGGUUCAGCCAAGGAACGAUAUUGGAGAUUUGUGCAAGCAAUGAAGAUGUCAAAAGGUAUCUUAAGGGACAUAUAGGACAGCUACCGGCGUUUGUUGAGAGGAAUCAACAGCUUCAAGAAGAGAUUACAACCAAAAUCUCAUGCGCUGUUGAUGGGAUGUUCCUUCUAGCACAAAUUUAUAUUGGCUCACUUGACGACAAGCCAACACCAAAAGCUAUCAAAACUGCCCUAAGUCAGUUCCAGAACCAAAGCCACGGGAUAGACGAGGACCGGAGAGUGGAAGUGCUGAGCCGAGCAUACGAUCAAGCAAUUCACAGAAUCAAUGAACAGAAAACUGGCUUUCGGGAACUUGCAAAUAAAACUCUCGCAUGGAUCACCAAUGCACAGAGGCCACUUACCACCUCAGAGCUCCAACACGCUCUUGGUGUAGAAGUUGGUGAGCCCGAGCUCGAUAAAGACAACUUGCCAGAGAUUGAAGAUUUGGUUUCGGUUUGUGCUGGCUUAGUCACCGUCGAUGAGGAAAGCGACAUCGUCCGGCUGGUCCACUACACUGCGCAGGAGUACUUCGAGCGAACACAAAAGCAUUGGUUUCCAGAUGCAGAGAUCGAUAUCACCAAAGCUUGCGUUUCUUACCUCUCAUUUGACAUUUUUGAGAGUGGGGGUUGUCGAACAUUUGAUGAGUUAGAAGAGAGGAUGCUGUUGAAUAAGCUGUACAGCUACGCUGCACAGAACUGGGGAAACCACGCUCUUAAAGCUUCAGUUCGUUGCCCAGAGGCUAUCCUCUUUCUCAAGUCCAAGGCAAAAGUAGCAGCAGCAGGCCAACCGUUAAUAUACACCUUCGGAAGCAUGUACGACACAAUGAUCAAUACGGAAAUGAGAGGGCUUCACUUAGCAGCACUUUUCGGGGUUGAGCAGGCAAUCGAAGCUCUCUUCCAGAAUUCAGUCGAAGCAGAUACAAAAAAUGCUGCUAGCCAAAAUGAAAGUAGCGAUGACCUGGAAUGUAAAGACAAUUUGGACGGUCAAACACCGUUGUUAUGGGCCGCAUGGGACGGGCACGAAGCGGUGGUCGAGCUCCUAGUCGAAAAGGGAGUCGACCUCGAGUCUAAGGACAAUUGUGAUCGAACACCGUUGGCAUGGGCAGCGGAGUGGGGACGAGAAGCAGUAGUCAGACUACUACUUGAGAAGGGGACCGACUUCGAGUCUAAGGACAAUGUUGGUCAAACACCGUUAGCAGUGGCAGCGGAGUGGGGAAAAGAAGCAGUAGUAAGGCUACUACUCGAGAGGGGGGCCGACCUCGAGUUUAAGGAUACUUUUCGUGGCCAAACACCGUUGGCAUGGGCAGUAAGGAACGGGCACGAAGCGGUGGUCAGACUGCUGAUUGAGAAGGGGGCCGACCUCGAGUCUGAGGACAAUUUCCAGCAAACACCGUUAGCAUUGGCAGCGGAGAGGGGAAGAGAAGCAGUAGUAAGGCUACUCGAGAGGGGGGCAACUCGAAUUUAA